CUCGGAUAGUUCAAUGUACAGCGAUUUAGAUCUAGAAAAAUGCGAUCUCGAAGUAAUUUCGUCUUUCGAUUUGAAGGAUGACAGUGAUAGUAAAAGUGGUGCUAGCGGUAGCGAUCAGGUGGAUUGGUCUGGAUCUGUGGUGCCUGGCAAGGAUCAAAUUUUAGUAGGACUACAAGAAGAACUGAAACAGGCCACAAGGCAAUUAAAAUUGAAAGAUGAAGAACUUGUGAGAGUCAAUAGGAUACGACAAGAUGUUGAAGCUGAACUAGAAGACCUAACAGCUAGUUUAUUUCAG